CGCGCCGAGACUGGGCCCGGCUCCCCUCCUCGCCUCUCACCUCGUCCCGCGGCUCUUCCCACCUCGCGUCUCGUCCCUCGUCUCCCACCUCGUGUCUCCCCUCUAUUAUACCCCCCACCCACCCGGCGCCCACCGGUCCCCCACUUUAAACUCCCCCCGUCUCGCACCCUGCGACUCGCAACCUCUUCUCCCAUCUCCCACUCGAGCUGCCGUUUCUCCUCGACUCCCUCAUCUCGGAUCCCUUCCGCGCGGCCACCACCCAUUCCAUCUCCUCGUCUUAUCUCCUCAUCUCCCACCGUCUCCCCCUGCCCGCCUUCCCCUCUCGGGGUCCCCGGGGCACAGGUCCGGGGGGGUUGGCCACUCCGAGGGGACCCAGGGGACCCCCCCCCCCCCGGGGCCGUGACUGCGCUGUGAGCUCCUGCGAAGGACGCGGGCGAAGAGGUGGUGGUGGUGGUGAAGAGGAGGGGGAGAGGUGACCCGCUAGGACCCCCGAGGAAGGCGGAGGAGCGAUGAGGCUGCGCAAGUUGGUGGUCGUGUGCUUCGGCGCCACGUUCUGCGUGGCCGUCUUCUCGCUCUACCUCAUGCUCGACCGGGUGCACUUCGACCGCACCAAGAGCGGGGACCCCGCCAAGGGCCCCUUGCUGGAGCUCCACCAGCGUCUGAAGCAGCUGGAGCAGCUGCUAGAAGACAACCACCAGAUGAUCGGCCACCUGCGUGACUCGGUGCAGGCGCUGGGCGGCUCGGGGCCUGGGCGGCUUAGCGGCGACGUCGAUCUGGGAGGAGGCGGCGGCGGGGGCUCGAACCAGGGAACCGACAGUGGUGGCCUCUACCCGUGGCGGCUCACCAACGGCACGUGGGUGCUGCCCCAAAUGGUGGCCUGGGCAGCGCGGGGUCCUGCAGGGCCGGUGGGUCUGGCAGAGGAGUGCCGGGAGCCGAGGGGGGACUCGCCGGCAAAGGCCGACGUGAAGAUGAUGGAUGUGUACGAGUUGCUGGCGUUUGAUAACCCUGACGGCGGUGCCUGGAAGCAGGGGUUUGACAUCACGUAUGAAGACGCGGCGUGGGAGUCCACUCCGCUGCAGGUCUACGUGGUGCCGCACUCGCACAACGACCCAGGCUGGAUUAAGACGUUUGAGGGGUAUUUCGUGGAGCAGACAAAGCGGAUCCUGGACAACGCGAUGGUGAAGUUGGCGGAGGACUCGCGCCGCCGCUUCAUCUGGGCUGAGGUCUCCUACCUCGCCAAGUGGUGGGAGGGCGCAGAUGCCGCACAACGCGCUACCGCAAAGCGGCUGAUUGACAGCGGGCAGCUGGAGAUCGUGACCGGUGGCUGGGUCAUGCCCGACGAGGCCAAUGUCCACGUGUGGGCCAUGCUGGACCAGAUGCUGGAGGGCCACCAGUGGCUGGAGAGGCACUUGGGCGUGCGGCCACGCUCGGGCUGGGCCAUCGACCCGUUCGGGCACAGCCCUACCAACGCGUACCUUCUCCGCAAUGCCGGCAUCCAGAACAUGCUCAUCCAGAGGACUCACUACUCCGUCAAGAAGCACCUGGCUCACGAGCGCAGCCUCGAGUUCCACUGGCGCCAGAGCUGGGACUCGGGGUCCAGCACAGACAUUCUGUGCCACAUGAUGCCGUUCUACAGCUACGACGUCCCGCACACAUGCGGGCCUGACCCCCGUGUCUGCUGCCAGUUUGACUUCAAGCGCCUCCCGGGCGGCCGCGUCAACUGCCCCUGGCGUGUCCCACCCCGCGCCAUCACUGAUGACAACGUGGAGGAGAGGGCCCGGUUGCUGCUCGAUCAGUACCGCAAGAAGUCGCGCCUUUUCCGCUCGCCCGUGCUGCUCGUUCCCCUGGGCGAUGACUUCCGCUACGACACGGCGCAGGAGUGGGACCAGCAGUUCCACAACUACCAGCGCCUCUUCGACUACAUCAACACUCACCCCGAGCUACACGCGCGAGCUCAGUUUGGGACGCUCUCCGAGUAUUUCGAUGCAAUGCGGGCUGCCCGGCUGGGCCCUCCGGCCGCCCCGGCGCUGCCAGUGCUGAGUGGCGACUUCUUCUCGUACGCCGACCGCGACGACCACUACUGGACCGGCUUCUACACCACGCGGCCGUUCUACAAGCACCUGGACCGCCUCGUGGAGGCGCGGCUCCGAGCGGCGGAGAUUGCCUACUCGCUGGCGCUGUCGUACGCGCGCGGGGGCCCCGUGGGAGCCCCCGCGGUGGCACCCCCCCCAUGGGCCCACGACGGAAUGCGGCGUCUGGUCGGGGCUCGACGGAACCUGGGCCUCUUUCAGCACCACGACGCGAUCACCGGCACCUCCAAGGACCCCGUCGUCCUCGACUAUGGAAAUCGGCUGCACCAGGCCCUGAACGACCUCAAUGGUGUCAUCUCGGACGCCGCCGUGUUCCUGCUCGCCGAGGGGGCCGAGGGGGCCGAGGGGACCAGCGGAGCCUCCGUCCCUCUUGUUCUGGAUGAAUUCAGGCCUAAUCAGGAUUCCCUGCCAGGCAAGGUGCUCAUAGCCCUCUCCUCCACACCCAGGCCGGUGGUGGUGUACAACACGCUGGCACAGGAGCGUGUGUGUGUAGUGUGCGUGCACGUUAGUACCCAGCGCGCACGCGUGCGUCACCUGGACGGCCGCGCCGUACUCGCGCAGAUCGGCCCGGUGUGGACGGCGGACGCUGACACGGUGCCUGACACGUAUCAGCUCUCGUUCCUCGUCCGGCUGCCGCCCCUGGCCCUGGUGACCUUUGAACUGUGGGAGGCGUCGGACCCACGCGUGACGGUGCUGGCCAACACCACGCUGUUCGGGGUGGCCCCCGGGCGUGGCCCACAGAGGGGUGGCCUGCUCGGCGUGGACGUGAGGGCGGCCCCACCGCCCAGCGGCCUCAGCAUCCACAACAUGCACGCCACGCUUCGCUUCGGCGGCCCCAAGGGCUUCCUGCAGGGUGUGCGGCUGUGUGGGGCCACGCAAGAGCAGGCAGUGCACGUGGACCUAGCCUGGUAUGGCACGCGCGGAGCGCGCGACAAAAGCGGAGCGUACCUCUUCCUGCCCGACGGGGACGCCAAGCCGUAUGAGACCGAGGUGGAGCCCGUGGUGCGGCUCGCCGAGGGGCCGCUCUUUUCCGAGGUGACGUCGUACCUCCCGCACGUCACGCACACCGUGCGGCUCUACAACCUCCCCGGGGUGGAGGGGCUCUCGCUGGAGGUCACCAACGUGGUGGACAUUCACUCCGAGGUCAACCACGAGCUGGUUAUGGUGCUCACAACCGACCUGCAGAACCAGGACAUCUUCUACACGGACCUCAACGGGUUCCAGAUGCAGCGGCGCCGCUUCUGGAAAAAGCUCCCGCUGCAGGCGAACGUGUAUCAGAUGACGAGCGCCGCCGUGCUGCAGGACCCCGAGCGGCGCCUCUCGCUCCUGUCAGCGCAGGCCCUUGGCGUGGCCGGCAUGCGACCAGGGGAGCUGCAGGUGUUCCUGGAUCGCCGCCUUAUGCAAGAUGACAACCGGGGCCUGGGCCAAGGCAUCAAGGACAACAAGCCGACACUUUCACGCUUCCGCCUGCUGCCCGAGCGGCGCUCGCGGCAUGACUCGGGCGGUUCCCUUUCCCUGCUGGGUCACGUGACGUCGGACGUCCUCAACCACCCUGCGCUGCUGCUGCUGGGAGAGCCGGCGCCGCGGGGUUCAGCCGCUCCGCUCGCCCAGCUGACGCCGCUCGCCACCCCACUGCCCUGCGACCUCUACCUCCUCAACCUGCGCACCCUGCAGGCCACGGAGGGAGGGGGACCCUCUGAAGACAUGGCUCUGAUUCUGCAUCGCCGGGGUUACGACUGCUGGCUGGAGCCAACCCACUACCUGCUCAACUGCAACAGGACAGGGGGAAAGCUCAACCUCUCCUCAGUCUUCCGUGACCUGACCUUCAUCAAAGCGGCGCCCGCCUCCCUCACGCUGCUCUACCCGGCGCCAGUGCCGGGCGUCGGCGUCGAGGACCCGGCGGCGGCAGAGGAGCGCGGCGUCGAGCCCGUGCACGAGCUGGUGCUGCGGCCCAUGGAGCUGGCGACGGCGAGGGUGGCGCUUGCCAGGGCUCACCCCGCGGCACGGGGCUCGCUGGCCGGGGCAGCGCGGCCGGCCGAUCCCGGCACGCCGUGAGCGCCGGCGUGAUGCCGGCGGGUCGCUAUGGUGCGGUGUGAGGCCGGGAGGACAAAGGGACCGAGGGGCAGCGCUAACACCGCGCGUUUUACAUUUUUCUAACUGGAUCGUCUGUGCGGGAGGUGUCAACACCCGUAUCGGAUCGCACACUACUACCGGACCGCAUCGGAUCGUAACACACACGACUACCGGACCGCAUCGGAUCGGAUCACACGCUCGACAAAAUCAAAUGGAAACAAAUUGCACCGGAAUGACCUGUUGGAGCGCAUGCUUAUUCGUGGACUCUCGCAGCUCAGCAGAACUCACCUAGGCUCACCUAGGCUCACCUCCCACGCCCAUCCUGGUACUCGAUGGCGAUGGCCGUGGAAUUGUCCUCACUCCUGUGACCUAAUGGGAACAGGCUUGGACUCUGCACAUGUGUGCACGCAUGUGUGUGCGUGUGUGUGCAUGUGUGGUGUGUGUGUGCGCAGCGAUUGUUUGUGUAUACCCGCCAGCACUCACAGAAGGCAGUGCAUUUAUACACCUCACACUCGCAUGCCUCGCAUACCACUCCCAUUAACACACAGUCCAUAUAUGCACCCCACACUCAUGCACAUACAUGACACACAUACACCAGACACUAUAUAUACACACACACACAUCACACAUAGAAAUACACCACACACUAUAUACACAAAAACACUGGAGUGACUAGACACACCACACGCACAUCCGUGUGCACGCUCAGUUCCUCUCCACUGCAUAGCUGCCAUGGACUCAUGGCUCCAGGGGACGCAUCUUUCAGCUGAGCACAGUCCCAGGGACUGGAGCCUCCUUCACUUUGCGGACUCCAGCGCCCUAAUAUCAGGCGACUGAGACUCCCUCUAGCAGAUGGGAAAAUUGUGGAUUGGAUUCCCGAGCGUGAAUCGGACUGAAAUGGAGGAGUGAGGAGUGUUGAUGAGACUAGGUUGUGGAGUGGAGGAGUGUGGAUUGGACUGGACUCGAUGUGCACUGUGAGUGUGCCCUAAGAGAGGGGUCCUCACCUUCAAUACUGCGACACCGCACCCUCUAGCAAGUGCGGUGCAUCUGCUGAGUGCGGUGUUUCGAGCGAGUGCGGAGCCCCUGAGUGGUGCUCUCUAGCGAGUGCGGGGCUCCUGUUGAGUGCGGUGCACUACGCUCAGGCAUUUCAGGUGCAACUCAGCUCAGGAAAUUUAAUCUUGUCUCCGGCUCUCGGCUGCGGGGAAGUUCUUGUGUUCCCAACUUCACUUGAUUAACUUUGACCUCGCGUGACCCCUCCAUCUUCCGGGGGGGCAGGGCGGGGUGGCCGUUUGCCUCGAGCCGAGUGCUCCAGUGUGAUUUUGUAUUGAGAGUUGGAUACGGGUGGAUGUAGGUCGAUUUGCUUUAGGCACAAGGACUGCAGUGAGAAGCGAGGAGGUGGGGAGGGGGGAGCCUUGGCCCCCACACCUCAUUGUCAGACUACGUGGAGCUGACGAGGGAUUCCGUCCUGCGCUGCGUGAUUAAUUCUGAUUUUGGGGUUUGUCCCUGUGGGUUGUGAUUUGGUGGGGGGGAAUGGGGGGGGGGUGCAAUUGGUGUGUCUCGGGCAAUUCAUGACCGGUGUUUCCCAGUCGCCAGUUGUCACCGAUCUCCGUUCAGACAACGCUGCUGCUGCUGCCCGAGCAGUGGUGCACAAGCCGAGCCAGCCCAACACGUUCCCUGUCAAUAAGACCGCGGGCGCAUGUGUGGCUUUCAUGGAACGCAUUCAGCAGGUAACGUUUUGAGCAAUGAAGGGCCAUUUCCCAAAACGUUGCCUAUUGUAUAUAUUUGACCUUUAAAGCCACCGUGUUAUUGACACACAACGCGUUGAGUUUUUCAUUCGAAUGCAGGCUGUUUUGGUAAGCACACACAUGCUGCACGGCCGGAGAGUUGUUAAACUUGUUCUACGUGGCGUUAGAGUGCGGACUGGCAUCAGGAUGUGUUUAGCAAUCAUUAGGCGUGCGCAGUGUGUAACUGCUUCGGUUGUAUUAAGAUAAUAUCCCGUUGCGUGCACAUCUGUCAGCGUACACGCACACAGUGGGGGGAGUGGUAGCGCAGCGGUUAGCGAACUGCGCUACUAAAACUGGUCAAAUUAGUGAGUUCGAUUCCUGCUCACAGCCAACAUCAGUGGUGAGUGGUAUCUGAACUGGUCCUGGGCUUCCCCUAGUUCGACCCGGAUUUAAAGAAGAACCCGACGUGGCAAGCUGCUCACUCCACACCACUUGCUUCCAGUUUGUAGGCUACACCGUGGACCUUUGUCUUUAUGCACAUGUACCACGUGACGUGGGGUAAGCUCAAUUAAAGGUCCCGCUUUCCGUCACCAGGGGACGAAUUUAGCAAUAAUCAGGUGCGUGCAGCGUGUAACGCCAUUUGGAUGGGGAUUAGAAGACGCAGGGUGGGUAGUCAAGCCUGGAGUGUGGAACCUCUGCUGUCCCCUCAUCACAGGGGUCGGCGUGCACUGGGUGUUUUUUGGGCGCGUAUGUGGAGAGCAGUGGCGCAGCGGGUUAGCGCUGCACUGCGCUACGAACCCAGAAGCCCGAGUUCGACUCCUGCUCUCUCGGCCAACUGACGAAUAUCUGAACCGGUUCUGGGCCUUGCCUAGGAUUGACUCGGCCUUAAAUGAGUCCUGUACCUGGUUGGGAUGUGUAAACAUCAGCACAGGGGAGACAAAGGCGGUCGGACGUCGUUCAGGCCGCACUACCCCCUUGUGUGCUGUUCCGGCCUUCAUAUGUGCUCGCUAACAGCACUUGCCUCAACAGCCUGUGUGGGCUACACGGGAUACUUUUGUGUGGGGUUUUUUGGAUGAAUUUAAAGGUAUUUAAUAAAUGAACGUCAAUCACGUGA